UGGAGACUGCAGCCUCGCCUCCGCCUCCCAGGACGGCUGGGAGCUUGUCUCCUUAAGGCACAGCCUCCCCGGUCCACUGGGGUCUUCCCCCUGCAAGGUACCUUCCCUAAAUUGUGUAGGGGAGAAUGAAAGAACUUGACAGCGUCCAUGCUUAAGAACUGUUCGAAACGCAAUGCGCACGGUGUGACCGAUGUAAAAUCGGGAGUGCUUGGGGGCUGGGGGGUAAGCCACUCUGUCAACACGCCUUGGCCAAGUUAUAGACACUCUUGGCUCCAUGGAUACAUCCUGGGCUGCCUUCAUCUAACACGACUUUACAAGUCACCGACUCGGAAAACACUGGCGGAAAGGACAGUAGCGCAGCCCCACGUCACUCAACAACAAUCGGCCGCUGUGGGCAACCGCCAGCAGACCGUAACGGUCCCGCCCACGUCCUGCCCCAGUGGGCGGGGACAGAAUCUACCAAUCAGGAGCUGCAUGCAAAUGAGCCCCCGCCCCCUGGGGGGUUAAAAGGCGUUUCUCCAGAAUUGGAAGACGCAGUCUCGUGUACCUCGCGUACCUCGCUGGCCAGCAAUUCAGGCCAGUAGCCAGGCCAGAAGCCCCAGCACCCUCUGCGCGGAGCAGGAAGUACAAAAGGGAGGCGCCUCCUCGUCGGAAGCUGAGUCCCGGACACGCCCACCUGCCGGAAGCGCCGGUGGGGUUUCUGUGACAGGGUUGCACUUUGACAGGAUUGCUGCGGAGGUGGACCGGCGGCGGGGUCGGGGCGGAGGCUGAGGACCAAGGAGGCAUGGCGGAAGGCGGGAGCCCCGAAGAGCGGGCCAGCCCGGGGCCCGCAGGUCCUAAUCUGAAGGAGUGGCUGAGGGAGCAGUUCUGUGACCAUCCACUGGAGCACUGUGAAGAUACACGACUCCAUGAUGCAGCCUACGUAGGGGACCUCCAGACCCUCAGGAACCUACUACAAGAGGAGAGCUACCGGAGCCGCAUCAAUGAGAAGUCUGUCUGGUGCUGCGGCUGGCUCCCCUGCACACCACUGAGAAUUGCAGCCACCGCAGGCCAUGGGAACUGUGUGGACUUCCUCAUCCGCAAAGGAGCGGAGGUAGACCUGGUAGAUGUCAAGGGACAGACUGCCCUGUAUGUGGCUGUGGUGAACGGGCACCUGGAGAGCACGGAGAUCCUUUUGGAAGCUGGUGCUGACCCCAAUGGCAGCCGGCACCACCGCAGCACUCCUGUGUACCAUGCCUCUCGUGUGGGUAGGGACGACAUCCUGAAGGCUCUUAUCAGGUAUGGGGCAGAUGUUGAUGUCAACCAUCAUCUGACUCCUGACACCCGACCUCCUUUCUCAAGACGGCUAACCUCCUUGGUGGUCUGUCCUCUAUACAUCAGUGCUGCCUACCAUAACCUUCAGUGCUUCAGGCUGCUCUUGCAGGCUGGGGCAAAUCCUGACUUCAAUUGCAAUGGCCCUGUCAACACCCAGGAAUUCUACAGGGGCUCUCCUGGAUGUGUCAUGGAUGCUGUCCUGCGCCAUGGUUGUGAAGCAGCCUUCGUGAGCCUGCUGGUAGAGUUUGGAGCCAACCUGAACCUGGUGAAGUGGGAAUCCCUGGGCCCUGAGGCAAGAGGCAGAAGAAAGAUGGACCCUGAGGCCUUGCAGGUCUUUAAAGAGGCCAGAAGUAUCCCCAGGACCUUGCUGAGUAUGUGCCGUGUGGCUGUGAGAAGAGCUCUUGGCAAAUACCGACUGCAUCUGGUUCCUUCCCUGCCGCUCCCAGACCCCAUAAAGAAGUUUCUACUUUAUGAGUAGCAUUCAGAUGCAGCGCCAACUGCACUGUGGAAGCCGAUCAUCUGCAGUGAAAACUGACACAGACUCUGGCGUCCUGGGAACCAUGGCCUGUGCUGACAAACUUGGUCCUUGGCUGUCGGGAAGAAGAAAUGGCUAUGUUCUCCUGGACUGUGAUUCCAUCUCAGGUGCUUGGGCCAUCAAACGCUCCUUGAGUCAUUGUUAACUGAGAGGCGCAUACAAACUUAAUUUUGUUCCUC